AUGACUGCUGAAGUGGCCAUCUUAGGCAGCUUUGAGCAGGAAAAUGGAGAAAUUGCCAUGACUUACGACUUCCUGCAAGUCUCUCCUGGCCUCCCUUCGUCUCUUAUAGGUACCAUUUUAUCCAACCUCGAAAUGCUUUCCUCUCAUUUGUUUCCCUGCAAACUGUCUCUUAGGCUUCUUGCUCUCUUCAUUGCACAAGUGCACACCCACACCCACACAAAGGCUUGUCGAGCUGGUGCUAAAAUGCUGCCGGUAGUGUACACUUUCAUACAGGCAGCAACUGUUUACAUCUUUCUUCCUCCCUCUCUCUCUCUCUCUCUUUCUCUCUCUCUCUCUCUCUGUGUAUGUAUUUGCGCACAUGGACAUUUUAGUUCAACUACCCAAGGACGAUGCACUCUCCUCACGUGCCAAAAUUCACUCAACCUUUUUCAUAAUUCAUGGCGUGACAUCCUUUUUUUUAUUUAUGCUGAUCCAAAUAUGACACUAUCCGGUGUCCCGGGCUCUCUUCCAGCCAUCUCAUUUCGGGUCUCCCUUGGCGUACUUUAUCCCAAGACUACCGCUUCCACUAUGUGCAAUCGCCCGUUCAUCUGCUGUUGGCUCUCGCAAAUCGGUAGCAGGGCAGUUAUCAAACAUCAAUUAUUGCUUUUGUGCCUCUCUUCCCAUCAUGUUGCUCUCCUCUUCGAUCUUAGACUCAGCGGGUUGAGCAAUUCGGACUCUGGCUCUGUGACUCCCAUUUUUCCAUCUCUCCAUCCCACUCCUAUUGCCAACUCGGCCCAAACUUCAGCCUCCCGCCAAAAGCCAGCCUCAACAGACCUUCGCCUCUUCCCAACUCUCUCUGCCGAGACAUGCCAACAUCUGAGACUGGUUUCUAUGCGUACUCUCCCUAAAGACAUCAUUGUGCUCUUCCAAUUUCUUUCAUUGAAUUGGGCCGUUCAGUCGGCUCGUCUGUCCCCCACGCAGGGGUCAAGUUCAGACAACUACAGGGUCAAAUAA